AUGAAGACAGCGAACCAGAACAAGCUUGUCAUUCUGCCCAGGAAACCCAAAUGGCAGCGUGCUUCCAAGCCCAAAGUUCGCACCGGCUGCUUAACUUGAGUCAGGCAUGUUAAAUGUGACGAAGAAAAACCAACAUGUCGUCGCUGCCGUGAUGGCCGCGUAAAGUGCGACGGCUAUGCAGCACCUGACAAGGCCAAGCUCCAGGCGCGUGCUGCUGUCUCUGUACCCGUCAAGGCAUAUCCUCUCUCCGUCUUCAACCCUAGUAUCGCGGAAACAUCCAUCGAGAGCUGCUAUUUCCAUCACUUCCACCACUGGACAUCAACACAACUCACCUGUGCUCCCGGUUCAUCAAACUUUUACCUCACAGUUGUCUUACCUUUAGCACAUCAAUGUGAGCCCAUCAAGCAUGCCAUCAUUGCUGUCGGCGCAGCGCAUCGCUUCUUCAUGGCUGGCCAAGACACAUGCUCUCCACUCCAACAACUCAAAGGCUUGGCUAUGUCGCAAUAUCAGAAGGCCAUCUCGCGUAUCAUACCCCACAUGUCACUCGAAUCAGCUUUCGAUAUCCAAUGCACUCUCGUGUGCUGCCUCUUGUUUGUUGCAUUUGAAGGUAUCACUGGCCGAUACGCAGAGUCAAUUCGACACAUUCGUGCCGGGACCCGUCUUCUAUCCUCGCCAAGCCUAGCCUCCAACCCGUUCGAACAGAAAAUUGCAACCAAGCUGCUCGACAUGUUCUCCAGUCUUGGCUGCGAGGCCUCAGCCUUUAUGGAAGAUAUAAUCAUUCCAGACAUACGGACUGGACCGUUUGCUCUGACUUACGAUACAGAGUGUCCCGACGAGCCUUUUCGGGAUCUCGACGAAGCAACGAGCGCACUUCGAAGACUAGAUGUUGAGACGGUCGAAUUGAUAUCGAGCAUGCCUCGUGGAGAUGGCUAUGGUUCUCCAGGGGGCUCAUUCAAUGAUUUGGAUAUCAUCACAAAAACGAUCAUGCAAGAAUCAUGGGAUCAACUUGAAGACCGGUUCCGAGCCUGGAGCAGGCGUUUUGAAUUGACCAAGAAGUACAUAGCCACGUGGGAAUACCAAGAAUGGACAUCGCCACAGCUCAUGUACCUCGAUCUACAACAGCAAUUUUGGAGGUUGAGUAUGUCUCUCGAGCUAGAAGACGAUUCGGAGCCAGAUCCACGGGCCGUAGAGGCCUAUCUCGAUGCCGCGGAGGCUUUUGCACAAAGAUUAAUAAUACCCGGCCAACCAAGUUUCUCGCUUGAUGGCGAUCUAAUUUCCAGUUUGUCCUUUGUCAUCUGGUGCUGCUCUGAGUCUCACCAACGAUAUCGGGCACUGAAUAUUCUUCGAGGUUUAAAUAGGAGGGAGGGUAUGUGGGACAGCAGGGACUUGGCUGAGAUGCAUGAGGCGGCGCUGUCAAUGGACAAUCCAAAGGAGUGGUAUAGCAAGGAGAUCCCUGGCGGCGUCCCUGGUUUCAUGGCUGAGUUGGCCAAGACGUCAUCAAAGUAUGGACUGCAUCGGUCGAGACUCUUGAUGGAAAAUCAUGAUGGUGAGUAUGCCUUGUAG